UUCUUGCCCACUUUUUUUACGGGCUUUCAACUCGAGCAAGCGAGAAAGAAAGGAGCUAGAAGCAAGGAGCUGUCACAGGACCAGAAGCACGUCUUUCGAGGACAAGGGCCCCUUUCCUCAAAGGGCCGUCAACUCGGAUUAACCAUCAAGGCGAGUCAUUUAUGACGGGGCGCUGAUUAAGACAGCAUGGAGGAGCCUCCGGCCCGCUACAGCCCCACCGCCGUGGCCGAGUUCCUGCACCGACUGCCGCACAUCAACAUCCUCCUGCGCAAGGUCAACUCCACCUUCAACCCUUACAACGAGGCCUACCUCGAGGCGUUGGGGCUGUACGCUGCCGUGCCCGCGCUAUGGCUCAUCCUGACGCUGUUCAUCCUGCUCGUCUACUUGCUCACGCGGUGCUGCGAUCGCAACCCCCGUCGAAAGCGCAGCAUCACCCCCUGGAAAUGGAUAUUGGGCCUGCUCGCGGUCGUCUGCUGCGGUUCCGUGGCUGUGGGCCUUUAUGGAAACGACGAUGUCCACAAUGGACUGGUGCAGGUGAUGGCCUCAGUUGCCAGCAUCAAUGAAGUGUUCCUGUCAGCCCGCAAUGAGACGGUCGUGGCGGAACAAACUCUCAACCGGCAGGUGCAGUCGAUCCUGAAGAACCUGCAGAGCCGCAUCGAGAGCAGCCCCGGUGGCGACGACGUCAAGAACCAACUGGUGACGGUGAUCAGCGGCAUGAUCAGCAACACCUCGUUGGCCGUUCGCAGCACAAAGAGCCUGGUGGGCCCGCUGAAGGGCGCCAUCCUCACCUCCUUCAUCGACGUGCUUCACAUGGCCGAAAUCAUCAGGUGGCCUGUGACAAUGGCAGUAUUGAGCCUGCUGCUAGUUUUCUGCUUCAUCCUCCUCUUCGGAGUUGUGCGCCACGCCAGAGGAGCUCUCAUUGCGUUCUCCGUAUUUGGUCUCUUCGCGGUCAUCACCACCUACGCCCUGUCUGCGGUGUACCUGGCCGGUUCCAUUGCUCUCGGCGACUUUUGUGUGGCGCCGGAUCCAUUUGUCGAAAAGGUGCUCUCGGGCCAAGGCCCGUCCAUUCAGCGCGAAAUGGCCCAUUACUACAUCCAGUGCGACCGCACGGCCACCAACCCUCUGUACCCUCGUCUGCAGAGCGGCCUGCGCGCCUCCGAGGCGCUCGUCUCCGGCCUGACGCAAAUCAAUAAUCUGGUCUUGAAUCUGCCAUACAACGUGCGCACCGACGAACUAGUCUGGACCGUCAACCUGACCAAGCACAUCUUCAACAAGUUGGAGCAGCAAUUGUCGUGCCAGGGCAUCAAUCGGAACUACCAAGGAGCAAUUCACGGGAUCUGCGAUUUAGGAUUAAUGGGUUUGCUAUUCAUGCUGGCCUCAGCGGCCUGCGCCGGGAUUCUGUUCACCCUUCUGGUGUGGAUCGACUCGCACGCCUGGAUAUACAUCCGCAAGAGGCCCGACUACCUGCAAGUGGACGAGCAGGACCCCUUCUUGGCUGGUGGCCCGGGUGGCCCGCUCCACCAGCCACACCACCCGGCCGCCAUGUCUUCGCUUGGGCGCCGCAGUCAAGGGUCGUAUAGCAGCACUGGCUACUUCAGACCUCGCCACUCCCGCACGCACACUCCCCCACCCACGCCGCCUUACCCUGGAACGCUAAAUGGGCGGCACGCACGCGAGGAAAAGUCCGGUGACUCCUCUCACCACUCUGACCGAUUUACCACAAUGCUUGGACCCAACAAUGGGCAGUACGCGACUCUGAGCAAGCAGUGCAAGACGUUGGAGUCGGCGGACUUCUACUGAGAGCCUGAACGGCCUCAGUAUAUGAUCAGUGAGCUGUAAAACUGGAAGAACCAAUAAAACCACUUCACACGAAGAAUAAGAAGAAGACGACAACACACACACAACAAUGCGGCGUGCUCACAGUUUAUAAUUUGUAUAAUGUCUUUAUUAUAUAUAUUCUGAGGCCGUGUUUUUAUAAAUUAUGACAAAAUGAAAAAACGGACUUGUUAGUGUGGUGUACAGACAGACUGAAUCCUAAUAUUAUGAAUGAGAGAUGAAACAAUGUAGGUGUAAGUAUGUAGAUACACUGCCGCUCUUUUCUAACGUCUCGGUGUUUAUAUUUAGGGCCCUCUCAAAAGGGGCCGACGUAGGUUUAGGAUAGCAUUCCACGCUUGUAUUUACCAAUCAUAAUAAACAAACACGUUUGUUCUCUUAACCCUCUCCGCACUUUUAUUCUGCUCCCCGCCUUCUUUCUCACCUCCUGCUCGCUCGUUUCCCUGGUACUUUGUUUUUGCCCUGUCGUCAACCCUCGUAAGGCUUCACCCCUUUCCUCUGUUCAGUCCAUUGUGUUGCACAAGACUAUCGAGCAUUUAGUUGUGCCUGUGCCAGACCUCAUGUUGCAUUUUUUCCGUCUACAUUAUUUGUUAUUUACAGUGUUUAUUUUUUACGAAUCCAAAGAAAAUUAUUAUAAUAAUAAUUGUUCUAUACAUGAGUUCAUGUCUCCUUUUCUUUAUUUUUCGAUGUUUCGACGUGAUGUUGUUAGAAUUUAUCGACAUAAAUGCGAAUUUUAGCCGUUUUCAAGAUAAUUUAAUUGUUGAAAUAAACAGCAAAAAAAUGUCA